AUGGUGCAGCUCUUCGCGGCGGACGGCAAGUUCCCGGACGUGGUGGCGGCGCUGGAGGCGCGCGGGUGGAGGCGCCUGCCGUUCGUGGGCUGCCCCAAGUUCGAGCUCAAGUGGACCAACUACGCCAAGAUCGCGUGGCGCCGCGUGACGCCGUCGCAGGUGGUCAACCACCUGCAGCAUUCCGUCCUCUUCUCGCGGAAGGACCAUUUUACGGACCUACUGUACGCCCACGCAGCUGCGCAGCGAGACGCAGGAGGACAAUCUCAAGUGGACAGCUGUUUUCCUCGCACAUUCGACUGCAGCCGACCACGAGACCGAAUUCUAUUGCAGCGCUGGUUCGUUUACAGUCAGGCGGUCGCUGAGCUCAAGCAGAGCCUCCGUGUUGGCUCUACGGCUCAAGUAGGGGCUGCAUUGAGGCUGGUGAGAGCUGUUCUUAGGGAUGGAGAGUCGGCUGCCUGCGCCAGACAGGAGGUCGAGGACGUUUUGAAGGAGUUAGAGCGGCGAGACCCGCAGUUCCACGCGGUGGGCAGUGAUGGGGCCAAUGUGUGGAUCUGCAAGCCGUCGAAUCUGUCGCAAGGGCGAGGGAUUGUGCUGUGCAGUUCGCUGCAAGAGAUUGAGGAGAUCGAUGGACAAGGCGAUCACGACAAGUUGGAGGGUGAAUUGGAAGGAAAAGGGAUAAGUAAGUGGGUUGUGCAGAAGUACAUUGAGCAACCGCUCCUGCUGCAGAAUGGCCGCAAGUUUGAUAUCCGCCAGUGGGUGCUGGUGACCGAGCUCAAACCGAAGCCGAUUGUGUUCUGGUUCUACAGAAGCUACUUGCGCUUUUGUGCGCGGAGGUUUGAACUAUCCCGACUGCAGGAUCGGUUCACGCACCUGAGCAAUUAUUCCCCGAUGUGGUCGUCGGAGAAGUUCCAGGACAUUCUCAGGCAAGAGCACGGAAGAGAUGUGUGGACGGAGACAAUUUUGCCACAAAUGCAGAGCACUGCUCGGCUUGCGCUGGAUGCCGUGCUGCCGAAGCUAAAAGUUGUCGGUAGAGGCUUCGAAUGGCUUGGCUUCGACUUCCUAGUGGACGAACACCACCAUGUCUGGGUGCUCGAGGUGAACGUGAGUCCCGAUGUCAGCCACAGUACCAGCAUCACCGCCGAGCUAGCACCCAAGGCUACGGUUGAUGCGCUAAACGGUGCGUUAUGGGCUUGCCGAUCACGAUUAUAUUGCUGA